AUGCUCGCCCGAACCGCCGCAGCCCGCUUCCCAACCACCCUUGGCCGUCGCGGCUUCCACUCGACUCGCGCCCAGUUCUCCUCGCCAUACCACUACCCCGAGGGCCCACGAAGCAACAUCCCCUUUAACCCACUCACGCGGUUCUUCUGGCUGAGAUACUGGACGUUCAUGGCCGUUGGAUUCAGCGCGCCUUUUGGCAUUGCAGUCUGGCAGACGUACAAGAACAAGCCAUAA